CGCAAAAGGUAUAAGAAAAAGGUUAAGAAGACGAAUCAGUCAGACAAGCGACAUGGAGAAGGCCUCUUCGGUUCUGGCUGCUUUGUUUGGGUCGCGGGAGCCUGCAGAAGCCGCUGCCACCGUCACCUCCAUCUUCGUCUACCCCAUCAAGUCUUGCCGUGGGAUCUCCGUCCCUCAAGCUUGCGUCACCUCCACUGGACUUCAGUGGGAUCGGCAGUGGCUGGUUGUGAACUCAAAAGGAAGGGCAUAUACUCAAAGAGUUGAGCCAAAGCUUGCUUUAGUUGAUAUAGAGCUGCCAAUGGAUGCAUUCAAGGAUAAUUGGGAGCCAACUGAUCUCUCAUAUAUGGUUAUAAAAGCUCCUGAUAUGGAGGCACUGAGGAUUCCUUUGAAUAAAAAGUGUGCCGCAGUUGAUGACAUAUCUGUUUGGGAAUGGUCGGGUUCUGCACUCAAUGAAGGAAAUGAAGCAUUUGAGUGGUUUACGAAGUACCUAGGGAAACCAAGCCGUCUAGUGCGUUUCAACACUGAAUUAGAAAUCAGAGCUGUGGAUCCAAACUAUGCUCAAGGAUACAAGACUCUGUUUACUGAUGGGUUCCCGUUCCUAUUAGCAUCCCAGGGAUCACUGGAUGGUUUGAAUGAACUUCUAGAUGAACCAUUACCGAUUAAUCGAUUCAGACCAAACAUCCUUGUUGAUGGGUGUGAUCCAUUUUCAGAGGACCUAUGGAAAGAAUUAAAAAUCAACAAAUUGAACUUUCAUGGUGUCAAAUUAUGUGCACGCUGUAAGAUACCAACUAUUAACCAAGAAAAUGGUGUCACUGGCAAUGAACCAACUUCAACUCUGAUGAAGUUUCGGUCAGACCAUGCCUUGAAGUUAAAGAAAACACAGGGGAAGAUGUUCUUUGGACAGAAUUUGGUCUGCAAGGAAUCACUCUUACCCCCCAGAGGAAGUAAAACUAUUGCAGUUGGAGAUCCUGUUUUUGUGCUUCAAAAGUACUCUUCUAAUGUUGAUGCUCCAAUCUGAGUACUAGGGAAAUUGGUACUUUGGUAAUUUACUAGAAGACUAUUUAGCCAUUUGUCUAUUGGUAGACCAUAAUAGUAGUUGGCAUAUAAGCAUGAUGCAAGUCGGCAUGGUAAUUGAUUUUCUGUCAACUCUUUACAAGCAAGAACUGUAUAUUAUGAAUAAGCAAAUAUACACUUUUUUGGAAACAUUUCUAAGGAUAUAUUGCAAAUAAAAGGAUAAACUUUUGUGGA